UCAGUAUGUGAGUAUGCCUUGUCGCGAAAUGAUGAGUUGCAAAUUGAGGAGUGCUAUUGCUGGUUUAGCUGUAUUCGCAUGUUUGUUCCUGCAAGUCCAAGGAUCUUCUCCACUACUCUUGGAGGAGUGGUGCGGAGUGGUGCCUCAAAUAAACCUGAAAAUCGCAAAUGGCAAACCCGCGGAAUUUGGAAAAUAUCCGUGGAUGGCCCUCUUGCACAUGCGCAAAAUUUUUUUUUGCGCCGGAUCGCUUAUAAAUAACUGGUUUGUCUUGACGGCGGGUCAUUGCAUUUUUGACGGAGCGCCAGUAAUUGCUCGCUUGGGCGAAUACCACAGAGACACCGAUAUAGACUGCGACAACAACAAUAGGUGCUUGGAUCCCGUGCAGGAGUACAAGGUGGACAUGCUCUUCAGGCACCGGUUAUACAAUGACAAGGACUACACCAAUGACAUCGGAAUGCUGCGGCUCGACAGGAAGGUUGAGUACACGCCUCACAUCCAACCCAUCUGCAUUAUCGUCGAUAGUGAUAUACAGCCGUACGUGGAUGAAGCAACCUGGUUUAAGGCCACCGGCUGGGGACGCACAUCUGGGGAUGCGAAAUUCGCGUCCCGCGUUCUCCACGAACUGGACAUCAACCGCCGACCAAAAGCUGAUUGUGUCAAAGCCUUUGGACAGCACUUGACUCCCGAACAGAUCUGUGUGGGGAACGAUGACGGCAACCUGUGUAAUGGAGACUCUGGUGGGCCCCAAGGUCGAAAUGCCACGAUGUACGGCAUCGAGCGUUUCGUCCAGCUCGGCAUCGCCAGCUACACGUAUGAGAAUUGCAGCAAAGUCAGCAUUCUCACGGACGUAACUCGAUAUGGCAAAUGGAUCAGGAAAGUAGUGGAGUGGUAUGGUCGGUGAAUGAAAUCCGUAAAUAAAUCACAGAUUGGAUUUUUAUUAUUAUUAUUAUUGAAAUACAUAAAAAAUAAUCAACGAAUCUAGUAUACCCUUCUAAUGGGUAUAUCGUAUAUUAGAUCACAAAAAAAGAAUCCUAGAUACGAUUAAACCUUAUGGUUUUAAAAAUUCUCUUGUUAAUUCAAUAUGCGGUAAAAUUGACUUGAAUAAAGUAAGAUUCUAAGGUCAAUAAAAAUCAAAUGAGAACUUUAAUA